AUGGAAUCAUAUACUAUAUUCGAUCAUAGUAACAAUUCAUGCCACAGCGCUGCCACGAAUGAUUACUAUCUUGGAAGAAAUUUAAUUGAUGCUAUAUCAAUUUAUAGUUAUAAUGUAAAGAAUUCUGAUUUUAAAAAAUGUUUGGAGGAAUUACGUGAAUAUACAAGCAAGCCUAAAUCUAUAGGCAAAAAUUACAAGGAGAUUAUUAAAAUCAUACUUAGUAAUCUAAAAAAUUCAUCAAUUGAGAAUUAUCAGAUCAUUAUCGAAUUAUUGGUGGCUUUUAUUGGCGAUUUGAGACAACGGGUUAUCCCUAUUUUAUCGCAUCUAAUUGAAUUUUUACGAAUAUUAAUUCUUGAGUCUAAUGUCAUAAAAUGCGAUUAUAAAAAACAGUUAUUUCACAUUUUUACAUAUCUUAAUGAGUGGCCUAUGGAUAAUUUUGAAUCUUUUCAUCGUCUAUUUGAAGCAUGGCUUACAAGUUCAUCUUCCAUACUGCAAUCGCACUCAUCAUACAUCAUUGGUACUACGAUGAAGAAAUUUAAUGAUGAAUUGUAUAAGCAUUCAAUCAUUUAUUUCGUACACUAUUCCAAAAACUUAUCUAAUGCGGAUAUUUACUAUAAAUAUAUUGAUUCAAUUGGAUUAGCAAUCGCAUAUUUGCUAUACAACUCGAAUUCGAAUUUGUUUUGGAGGGCUGAUCAAUUGAUACGAUUAGGAUUAUCUAUAUAUGAGGAUAAUUCUUUAAAUAUAAGUAGCAAUGAUGAUUUAUUAAAUAAUGAACUAUUUAUAAACUCGUUAUUUACUAUAUAUUUGAAUGCAUUUUAUCAUCUAAAAUGUAUGAAUGCUCCAAUAGAUAUAUUAAUUAAAAUGUUUAUUUCUGAGAUUCAAAAGUAUAUUAUUAACAUUACAAGGGGGUUAGGGGUCGAGGAUACUGGUAAUUCUUGUAAAAAAUUUGAUUUUAAAUGCAACAAAUUAUCUAUCGCAUUUGGGAUUUUUGUACGAUCUAGUAUAUACCACUCGACAAUUAUGGCAUCAUUUUUUACUAACUCACUUCUUGGAUUGAUUUACUGGGCUAAGCCUAUUUCGGAUGUUGAUAUUAUAAUGCCAAUUGAAUUAUCAUUAGAUUCAUUAUUUGAUUUGAAGUCACUAAAUAAUCGACACUUGAUGGUAAUCUAUAACAAUAUAUUAUUACCAAAUUUCGAAUUUCUAUGUGAUAUAAUAUCAAAUCUAUCUAGGAGUAAUCCUGGAAAGUAUAGUGACAUAAUUCAACUUUCUUCAAGAUUGUUUAAAAAAUUGGUUAUUAAUAUGACUCAAUCGUAUAAUCUAUUUGAUAGCUUAGAAAGUAAAUGUAUGUUGAUACACUACACUAAUAGAUCAAAUAAUGGGCUGUAUAAAAUAGCAGCAGUUGGUAAAAAAUAUCCAGAAUGUAUUGAUCUAAUCCAUAAGUUAUUAAAAUCAUUAAAUAAUCUUGGGGGCGACAAUAUCAAGCAACAUUUGGAAUUGAAAUAUUCAUCAUUGAAUAUUCUGAAUGAUUUUAAUAAGUUACAAUUAUGCGAAUCCAAUAUAAUUCAAAUAUAUAAUUUUUUGGUUCCAGAUUUUCUUGAUUAUUUGGAUGAUUUUAUAACCAAUUUUAUCAAUUCCGACCUUUCCAUUCAUGGCGGACUGAUUAUGGCUAGCAUAACAUCUCUACUUGAUUGUAUAUUAACGUUUUUAAGGCACAAUAUUUUUAUCAAAAAUAUGAAUCGGUUCAAAGAUAAUCUCAUAAGCUUAUUCAAGAUAUCCAUUUCCUAUUUGAUAUCUGAUCACAAUGAUGAUAAAUUUGAUGAUGUUGUUAUUAGCAAUGCCAUUAAAAGUAUUGACAUUAUAUUUAGAUCCAUUCCCACAUUUUGCAAUUUUGAUACAUCAGAAAUUGAAGAAACUAUUCAAGAGGUUUCAGACAAGUUACAGUUUGAGAACCAACCAUUUAAAUGCAUAUUGGAUCAUUGUACAAUAAUUAACUCUAAAAUGUUAGUAUUUGCUAUUUACCUUGUGACCUCAUCAAAGUAUAAAUUUCAAUCUGGUAUUUAUGAAUAUUUAUCUCAUAACAAGUUUAUCAUCGAACAAUUAAUUUCAACUCAUCAUAUCAAAAAAUUCAUCAUACAAUUUUAUAAGACCAUAAUCACAAGAUUGAUUAUUCCCAAUAGGAGUGUCCAAUUAUUAAUCUUAGAUUGCAUAGACUAUAAAAUACUUCAUUGUUUAAAUAAACUAUUCAAGAAUGAUUGUAACGAAGUAAAAACAGAUGUUAGAUGCGAUGAUAUAUUGGAGAAACUGAGAAGGUUAAUCAGUAUCGAUUACUCCAUAAAUGACCAACGAGCAAAAGUCAAUUUGACAGUAAAUAUCAUUGAUAAUUCUGCAACAUGGUCGCCACUGGUAUGUAUUAUUGUUAUGAAUGUAUUGACAAGUCAAUUGCUAUAUAAAUUUGAGCCACUAUGGAAUUCUUCCAUUGAAUCAAUAUCAAAGUUGAUCAGAUCAUACAAAAGUAACGUGGCUACAGUUUACGAUUGUAAUUUUUUCCACCAUUUUUACAAUCUUUACAGUUCAUUCAUAAAAUCAUAUAUUCAACAUACCAUUGGUAAUCAUGCAAUAUAUUUGGAUGAUACUAAGUUUUCCAAUGAAGCGAAUUCAAAUUCCAUUCCCAUUUAUAACAAUGAUUCUAACUACAAUUUUAAAAUAAGUAAUGGCAAUAUUAACAACAUUUUUGACUUAAUUAAAUCAUAUGAUACACUUAUUGACAAUGAUUAUAAGAAAACUGCAUAUAUUACAUUCAGUAAGGAAAUAUAUGAUCGCAAUAAAAGGAAGCCAUUAUUAUACAUAAUAGAAUCUAAGCUAUAUUCGUUUACUCCAUUGCCACAAAACUCGUCAUCAUCAAUACAUAUUGAUGUAUUUACCGAUGCAAACAUUGUUGUAAAGAAUUUUUCAUUGAUAGUGUCAAGUAUUAUAAAUAAAUUGGGAGUAUCUAGGGAUAAAAUGUAUUAUCAUUUUAUAAAUGAAUUGGUGGAUAUGAUUAAAAAAUUAUUCGAAUUAAAAUGUUACGAAUUAAUUGGAGAAUUAAUAAAUGCAAUUAAUUCCAUUGUGCCAAGUAAGAUUAAGGUAUUUGAUAGCGGAUUAGACAAUCAGGUUAAUAAAUCAAUACUAUACUUAUCGGUGUUAAUUAUUAACAAUUUUACAGCAUUGAAUGCAAAUGUCAAAGAAAAGUGUAUAAUUUUGUUAUCUCAUUCAAUUCGUUUGAAGGAGUCUUUUCCCAAUUUAAAUAGCAUAAUUUCAUUGAUAAAUGGCAAAGAAAUCAAAUCAACCAUUGAAUAUCUAUCAAAUUUCACUUCAAAUGGACAAAUGAUCGUGUUCAAUAAGAUAUUGUAUAAGAUAUUAUUUCAAUUAACUAUGAGAUUUAAUAAAUCUUUUAAAUCUGAUCGUUUUGUUAUCAUUGAUUUUUUAAAUUCAUCCCCUGAAUCUAUUCUUCCACGUGUUUAUUACGAAUUGUUUGAAAGUAUAAUUUAUAUUAAGGAUUGCAAUGAAUUGGCUGAAUGUUGGGAUGAUGUAAUUAGGAGUAUAUGUGACGAUCAUGAGAAAUUUUUCCAAAUAUUAAAUCCAUAUAAUUGGAAUAACGGGUUGGUAUCAUGGAAUCCUUGUUCAAUUAAUUCAAAUGAUGGAGGAUAUGAUAUGGAUAAAUUAGGAGAGUGGUUUGUAUCAUCUACAAAGUUUACAAUUAAUAUUAAUUUUGUCACAUCAAUUGGCUUUAACAAGUUUGUUAAAUGGCUUGAUAGAUCUAUUUCACAACUUUCAAUACUGUUGAAACCCAUACAUACUUUUCUAUUCCAACUGUUAUACGAUUGUUUCCUUAUUUAUUCUUCUCUAAACAAAUCAUUUCACUCAUCACAAUACAGUAACCUGAUCACUAAUGAUCAAACGAAUGACUCUGUGGCCAAUAAAAUAAAUGGCUUGUUAGAUGCAGUUAUGGAAUUGGAUUACAUAAAACACCCUUCUAAGCAUUCAUAUGACAACACCAAUGAUCAAUCAUUCACUAAUGAAUCUGAAAUUGAUUUAUUCGACAGGCCUAAUUUUGAUGUUACAUGUUCUGCCGAUUCAUCAGAAUAUAGCAUGAUAGAUGUCGAUGAAAAUCAAAAGAACGUUGAGGAGAUGACAAUUUAUGUUAGUGACAAUAUUAACAAUCUGGAAAGUGAGAAUGAUAUAGCUAAAGGUUGUGAUGAUGACAAUUUUCAAUCAAAGAAGGAAAUUAAUUUGAUCAAAUUCACUUUACUUAAUUUAUUGAUCAAACUAAUUGUCGAAUCAACUCCAAUCAACAUGAAUGUAUCAUCCAUAGUUGAUAUGAUCAAGGAUUCACUAACAAAUAUAGUUAAACAUGAGCUAAACAUGUAUGUUAGACAUUCCAACAAAAUAUCAUGUCAAAUUAUAACUUUAUUAUCUUCAAUAUGCACGCGUUCGAUACAGUCCAAGGAUUUUAUAUACACUACAAUGGAUGUACUCGCUAAAUCAUUUGAGUAUCAAAAUGGAUGCCAGAUUCAGACGUAUAGUAUUUUAUCUGAGUGUAUGCAAUUGACACUCGAAUUAUUCACUAACUUAUAUAGUAACAGUGAAAAUGGGUUGGAUUUAAAAUACUUGGAGCACUUUAUCCAGAGCACAAAAUAUUACUGGUACAGAAAUUGCCAGCUGAGCAACAUACAACUGGAUUUCAUUUCAAUGGCCAUACAAUUUGUGGAAAAAUAUGCAGAUUUUUUAUUUCUAGUAUUGUUAACAUCGAAAAACAUAUCAAAAUUGAAUCAGCGAUCACAAGAUACAAAGGCGUUGAAUAAUGCUUUGAAGAUGGUUAUCCGGUCUAUGAGAUUAAUUAAUAAUAUGCCAAAUCAUGAAAAUGAAUUAUUGAAUGAUAUUAUAUACGAAUCUGACAAUUUAACAACUAAUUACUUAGCUAAUUGCAGGGAUUUGAAGGCAAGAAAGUAUACAUGUGAAAUUAUGUCACUAACAGCCAUUUGUGAAUUAUCUCAGUCUAAAAUGGAUUUACCAUUUAAUAGUAUUUUUAAGAAUGGAUAUAAUGAGGCAGACUUUGAAAUCAUUUGUAAAAUUUGCACUAGUGAUUAUAGGUACUGGAGGUAUGGUAUGGCAUGCAUUUUGGAUACUUUAUAUUGUAUAAAAUCUGGUACCUUAAUUAUCAAAAUAAACAUUGAUGACAACAUAAAUUUCUUGAGCGAUUUUACUGCAAAAUUUAUAUGCGAAACUAAAAUUUCGGGUACUAGAACAACAAAGAUUAAUACCCUACUUAUAUCUUCAUUCAUCAAGCCCCUACUGAGCAACAUAUACUUUUUAAUGACAUCGAAUUGCGAUUGGCUUGAAGAUUAUAUUGUACUUGUAAAAUCUAUUGGUUUAUUUUAUACAGGGCUAGUAGAAAAGGCAUGUGCAUUGUAUUGCCUAGGCAAUGGAUUGCAAGCGGAAGAAGGUGUCAAUUUGUUAAGAAUGUUAUUUCCAUUGUCUAAUGCUGUAGAAUUGUUGAUUAUGCGGGCACAGCAAUUUACAAUUACCACUGCAAUUGAAAUUGUUAAGCGAUUAUCAUUUUCUAUUAAAAAGUAUAAAACAAUAAUAGCAAAUGAUUUAUCCGCUAAUGAUAGGGCACAGAAAUUUGAUGAGAUGACCAAUGUUUUGUUUGGUGAUAUAUCUGAUACAUUGCCCCAAAUAAUUAAUUUGGGCGUAUCAGAAAAUAUGAUAGAUUUUGACGGUAAAUUCGUGUACUAUGGAGAGGAAACACAUUCGCAUUACAUUUACGAUUUUGAUGACAUUAAGAGGAAUAAGCAUGCUUUAGCGUUAAAAAAAAUGGGUCAGUGUGUACCAAUGUUAAGCCAUGUAACACUGGUAAAAUUUGCCAUUCCACUUGCACUGCAUUACCUUAAGCAACCAAACUCCAGCCAGAAAACAUUUUCAGAUUCCCUAGCAGAUGCGGCUGGGGAUUUUUUAACUUCGACAAUAGCACAUCAUCUCACAUUGAAGCAUUUGAUACCAUCGCUCUUCAAUCUAUACAACACAACUAGGCAAAAUAGAAUAUUUCGAAUUAUGGUCAAUGGUAUUAGCCAAUACAAAUUUGAGCUGGGGGAUGGGAAUGACGUAUUUUUGGGUAAAUUAUUAAAGAAUGUAAGGUCAAAUGUGGUGGUUUCCAGCAAAUUUUAUACUAGGGGGAAGAGAGAUAUCUCUGGUGAACCAAUUUUUGCAAACAGGAAUUUUCAAAAGACUGACGAGAAUCGAAUUUGCGUACCGGGUGCCUGCGAGUUAUAUGGCAUAAUUUGCAAUUUGUUAGAGAUUUUAUAUGAAAAUGACGUUGUUGAGGAUGUAAUGUGGGUUGUUAGAAGGCUAGGUAACAUGUUAAAGUCUCGUGAUAGGGAUAUAAGAAGAUCUGCUAGAAAUGGGCUGGUCAAAUUGGCGUGUCAUAUAAACAUACGACAUUUGCCUAAUAUACUUUACGAGUUAGAUUUAUUGCUGCAAACUGGAUACAAAGUACCGGUUCUAUCAUUCACCAGCCUUAAAAUAUUGGAAGGUUUUACAUCACAUACCAGUGACAAUGCAUAUUUAAUUAGAAAUCAGAUCUCAGAAGAGUGCCUAAAGGUUAUUUUUAGGAUCAUUAGUAAGGAGUUAAUGUAUAUUUUGGAUAGCAAUGUUUUGGAAAAGGGUAUAGGAGAUGUAAAAAGUUUUAACAGGGUGGAUGAAGGGAAAAGACAGCAUUUUGCUGAUAUAUGUUAUAUAUUAUCUAGGCAAGGGGAUACUUGUAUCGCUGGAAGGCUCUACCUUUAUUAUUUUGAGAUGAUGUUAGAACACGGCAAACACUCUAAAUUUUUGGUGAAAUUGAAGGAAAUGCUAACGGCUACAGCAAAGGGGCUUUCAUGCCGCGUUGACAAUGAUUUAUUAAAUCUAUCCAAUGUUUUGUUGUGGAUAUCAAUAAGUUACAUCCAUGGGCAUGGUGGAAGUUGUCUAGUAGACAACAUUGAUCGUUAUUUAUCAAAUAAGCCUACAAUAAGCGAGUCAUUUGAUGGUAUUAUUUAUCAGGAAGAGAAAAUACAGAACGUUUAUCCACAAGUGGUUAAAGAGUUUUAUAUCCAUCUAGCCAGUUCAGCCUUGGAAAUAAUGAGGGCUUACUUACGUAGCCAUGGUUGCACCGGGUCUUCUUCAGUUUCAAUUGAUAUCAUUCCUGUGGUUUAUACCUUUACAUGUGGCAACUCUUUGCUCCAAGACAAAUCUUCAAGGUGUAUAAUGGUGUUGUUAAGAAUUAAUGUGGGGAUUUUGUCUGAACACUGUUGGGUCAUAACACGUGUGAUAUUUGAAUAUUUUUCGCGUAUCCAAUGUCAUAGGGAUAUUAGGAAUAAUCAUAUUUUGCUGUUGAAGAUAUUUGUUAAUAUGAUUGAUCAACGUGGGCAAAAUUGGUUGAGGGCUAUUGGGAUAUCUGACCAUGAUGAAGCUAGGAAGAAGAUUUACAACACAUUGAUAGACGUUUGCAUAAAUAAUAUGUCAACAUCCAGCAUGAGAAUUUCAAUGUUGCAAGUAAUGCAUUACUUAUUCAUGAAAAACUCCAUCAGUAUGUUGGCGACUCAGUCCAAAGUGACGAAUUGUGUAACUUCUGUGACUAAAUUAUUGCUACAUACACAAUGUUAUACCACGCAAGUUUUUAGGCACGGAUCAAAGAUUUUGUUAUACAUACUAAAGCACUAUCCCACAGAAGUUAUGCUGGAUUCAUUGAUGCCUUUGCUGGUAAAGAAUGUCAACGUUAAUAGGCAUGUGGUGUUCGCUCUUCUCAAAUCUAUAAUCAAGUGCCCUACGUACCCCCCUCAGUCACAAUACACAAGGCUGAUUUUUUUUAUAUGUUACUCUUCCCUGUCGUCAGUCAGUAACGCUGUAAGUGAUGCCGGGUUGAAGGGCAUUGUUUAUGAUAUAAUGACUACUGUGUUUAGGUUGGUUCCCAACCAAUCAGUCGAGCUUUUGGAUACCUGUUACAAGUUAGCAAAAGAAGGCGAAAAUAAAGCCCACUUAGCGGCAUUUUCAAGUAUAUGUCUUAUUUUAUCCAUGGCAAUUACUAAUGUGCAUGAGGUUUUGGGUGGGAAUCUUAUACAGUCGGCCUACCACAUAUUGAUACUGAGCGUUCGCACUGGUGGGAAUAGUGAUAUGGAUUUAGACAGCAAACUUGUCAAUACAUCACUAAAGACGCUACAUAAUGUGCUAAACAUGCUCACCAAUGAUGAUUUGGAUGUGAUUAAUUGCAUGGUCGUUUCCACCAGUGACAGUUGCAUUGGUAUCGGAGCUCCAGGGACCAUUUCUAGGGGUAAAAGAAGUUCCAUUGCAUGUUUAAGGGCGUUUUGGGACUUUAUAACGAACGUUGGAUAUAGACAUGGACACCCUUUGGUGGAAUCCACAUCCCUCGCUUGUUUCAACACAGUACUAAAGUUGGCGCCAGAUACAAUGGAAGGGAAAGUAGUUGUGAGCAUGCUUGCCAAGUGCCUAGACAGGCUAGGCUUUUCCAAGGCAUUUGAAUUGCAUGGUAAGAUGCGGGAUACGGUGCUAGAGCUGGUGACCCUAGCAAUAGAUUAUUUGGAGCGGAUAGUUGGCCUCUGUCCGUCAAGUGGCUCCGCUUGGAAAUGGUGUGAGGAUGGUCCCGUGGCAGAUAAGGCUAGUUUUUUUGAAGAUUUGGUGAAGAAGUCACCAGAUCAGGUGUUAAAAUCUAGUGUUUCAUGGCUUUGCUAUUUAGUGCGUCGGCAUUUGGGUAACGUCAAGACCAGAUACCAGCGCUUGCAGGGCAUUUGUAUAGUUCUGCAGCACUUGGCAUCCAGGCAAUACAUUUACACGAAAGAAGGAGAGGUUUCAUUAGUUAAGUUGAUAACAAGUGCCAGAAUAGCCAGUACAUUAUUGAGCAAGCGGGAGGUAGGGAAAAGGGAAAAGGAGAAGAGAGAGAGGGAUAGUACAUACAGGAGAAUAUGCGAGAUAUCUUCUUUGGCGGAAGAAAUGCUAAAUAUGAUAGAGAGGAAGAUGGGCAAGCUGGACAGGUCUCAAGAUUAUAUUAGACUAGUGAAUACUGCCGGCUCGUACAUCGCCAGACGCAGGACGCACGUUAAGGUCAGCAGAACACGAGCAUUGGUCUGCAAUCCUAAACUAGCAGUUUUGCGCAAAGUGGCAAAACACACUAAGAAACGACGUUAA